AUGCUGCUGUGGUGGCUGGCGGCGGCAGUGGCGGCGCUAGCGUCAGCCGCAACAGUGCUGGGGCAGGACCAUCAAGUCCAGCUACACGGGCACGACUGUCCGGAACGUUGUGCAACAGUGUGUCAGGAACCACAAUGCGAGCAUACCGUACUCGAUCAGUGCGGUUGUUGUCCGGUAUGCGUUCGACAAGAAGGCGAGCGAUGUGGCGGUGACGCGGGUGUUUGUGCUGCACAUCUUCGUUGUACACAACAUAACGAUGAAAACGAGUAUGGCACUUGUACAGGUCAGCAGACUUAUACUUUGAGAUUUAUUGAUUACUGA